AUGAUGCUUUCGGCGGCUGAGAUUGAAGACUUGUUAGCCAACAAUGGCAGUGGUCUUACGCCCGACGAGUACGAUGAGCAGCCAGAAACUGAGGAUGUGAUGAAAAACCGAGCGACACUCCUCACACCUGUCCUCGAGACGUGCCGGCAACUAUGGGACGCCAAAUCUGACGAUCUGAAGCUGGUGGCCCAGAGGCUGGGAGACGGAAGUCGGGAUGUGGCCUGGCGUAUUGCCUUUGGAGAGUCGGGGAUUCUGAACUUCUUCCUCGAAAUCAAUGCUGCAAAGUCCUUGUCCCCAGACUUGCAGCUACAUACCCUCCGACUCGUCGGCAACUCGUGCGCCGAUACCGACCAGAACAGGGCUAGGGUGGUCGGAGCCAAUCUCUUCAAGCCCAUCAUGGACCUGCUCGAAGACGAGAGCCUUACUCCAGUCGUGGUUCCCGUUCUGUACAACAUCGUUGUUGACUACGCACAGCUCCAUGCAUCCCAGGCGAACCUCAGUGCGGCGCUGAUCGGCCGUCUCGCUGGGCCCAGCAUCGAUGAGUUUGCCCAGCUAGUCACAUACAUGUGUAAGACACUGGUUCUCAUUGGUGGCCAGGACGGCGAGGCAACACGAGCAGACCCGUCAACGGUUCGCGUGCUGCUAGGAUUGGCCACCCACGAGCCAUUCUCAAGCGACAUUGAGGACUUUGCCAUUCUCACAUCCGCAGCGGCCGCCUACCUCAGCAUGGAGGAGUUUCAAGUCAGACUGAUCAGUGACGGCCAGCUGCCCCUUCUCCUCCGUGCCACCAAGCACGCAAACACAGUGUUUAGUGAUGUGCAGGACGAAGAAGGCGAAGACUUGACUGCUUUACUGAAAGCUAUGCGCUCAACUUUCCAGCAGACUCUGGCGGACGUCACAGCACAGGAUAUCUUCUUGAAACAGCACCCCCUCAACGAUCCCGUGUCGUCCGAGUUGUUCAGCUGGCUGAACGGGGCUAAUCGGCCUCUACGAUCGGCAGCAUGUCUUUCUCUGGGUAAUCUCUGUCGAUCAGACGCAACUUCAAAGGCAAUGGUGCAGGAGCACAAAGCCCACGAACCGCUCAUCAGACUGAUUGCAGACCCAGACGCAAGAGAUGCUCAAGAGCUGCACGCUGCAUUGUCUUUCCUCAAAAACAUGGCUAUUCCUAUUGACAACAAGUCCGUGCUCGUGGAUGUUCUGGAGCCAGCCUGCGUUCCUCGUGUACUGGCGCUAGACAGCAUGCCUCAGGUGCAAUUCGCGGCCGUGUCACUGAUCAGGCUACUCCUCAUCAACUCACCGAAUAACGCCGAAGCAAUCUGCAGCCGCUGGCGAAAUGCUGGCCAGACCGAUGAGUCUCAGCCGGACACUGUCCAAAAGUUGGCCGAAUUGUUCAAACGCUCGGACACAGAGCCUGUGAAGAUGGAGAUUGCCCGAGGCAUACUGGGACUAUGCCGAGUUGUGCAGUCGCAACCUGUCCAGUCUGUCCUGAAAGACAUUGCAGAAGCCAACAAUGUUCACGACGACGAAGAGUUGAGGGAGCGAUUCUGGAAGAGGUACGACUUUACAGAGCCUUUGGUUUACUUGGUAGCCCAAACCAAGUGGCCAUCUGUUCGCUCGGAAGCGUGGUUUGUGUUUGCACUCAUCUGCCGCUCGCAGGGAGGCGGCCGAGCCCUCUCCAAGGCCCUGGAGGACGAGAAGGCUUUCAGCUCGCUGACAGAGGCAGUGACUGGGGAACAAUGUGUGGUGACAGACGUGUCCGAGGAGGCGCCCACGGACGCCGGGCUCGUACCAGGCGGGACAUCGUUGCAGCUCGAACCGCAGCAAAUCGACCCUGCACGCCAAUCGGACAUGGCACGCGUGGAUAGGGAGAACGCCGUUGUCAUGUGUCAGGAGCUCUUGAAGCAUCAGCCCGAGGACUGGCCUCGACGAGGCGCUCUGCAAGCACUCGCCAGUCAAGGCACCCGCAAAAUUGUAGAAGGCAAAAGUUCAUAG